AUGUUUGGUGAAGGUCCCGAGGAUGGCGCUCGGGUUUACAUCCCACCGUUGUUGGAUGACGAGACUCGCUCCACCGAUGCCGACACCGAGCAUCUCCUCCGUCCAGAUGAUGAAGCCGGUCACUAUCUCCCAGUAUGGCUGACGGAGUCGUCCAAGUCUUUCCGGUGGGGCUGGGUUCCCCUCCCCAUCCGAAAGGCCGGUCGAGCCACCGCCAACUGGGUCAAGGGCCCCGAUCCCCCGCAUGAUCUGCUCUUGAAACCCUUGCUCCCCCGCCUGCAGGAGAUGCCCGUUCGUCUGCUCGACCGAUUCUGUCCCAAACGCAAGCACAAGACCAUGUUACUGUGUCUGCUCUAUCUGGUGUGGUUCUUGCCUUGGACCAUCAUCCUGCUACACUCGCGGUCCGGGGGUCAUAUCGAGGGCUAUGGAACGCCCCAGACCCUGUCCUGUUCGACGAGUUUCUGGGAAUCCGGCAACGAGUGCGGACUCAACGGAAAUGACUGUCGACCCUUUUCCGCCGCUUCCAUCCCCUUCCGGUGUCCCGCCAACUGCCGAGACGCCAAGCUGGGCGAGUUCUAUACCGUGGGCAACCAGACCUACAGCUACCAGGGUCUCGUUGUCGGCGGACCCGAGCCGGGUUCCGAGGAACCUGGGGUCUAUCGGGCCGACAGUUUUGUCUGUCAGGCCGCUAUCCACGCUGGCGUCAUCACGAACCGCGUUGGCGGAUGUGGCGUGAUUAAGCUCGAUGGGGCUGCGCACUCGUUCCCCGCCUCGGAGCGCAACGACAUCAAGUCUGUCGGCUUCCCGUCCACCUUCCCCAAGUCGUUCAGCUUCGUGUCGCUCUCCGAUUCGCAGGAGACCUGCCCGCAGGAUCCCCGCUGGCCGCUGCUGGGCAUCACCGUCGGGGCCGUCGCGGCCCUGUGGUUCUUCUGCACCUCGCCUGCCGUUCUCUUCUUCAGCACGUUCUUCAUGAUCUUCUGCCAGACCGGUCUGGUGUCGGACCCGCCGUCGUAUCCUAUGCUGGCCGACCUGGUGUCGACUCUACUGUCGCGCCUGCUGCCGGCGUCGUUCGUGGCCUACGUGCUGUACAAGUACUGCGCGCGGCCGCUCCUGACCCCGCUGUCGGAUCCCAGCUACCAGCUGACCAAGGCCUUCCUCUACGUCCCGCCCAUCUUCAUCGGGGCCUUGAACAAUUAUACCUUCGCGCGCCUGAUCCCGCUCGAGCGUCUAACCCCCUACGACAUUCAGCAGCAGCCCGGGGCCAAGCUUGCGCUGGCGCUGGUGAUCCCGACCGUGGUCACCAUCAUCCUGAGCCAGGCCUGGCAGAUCCGCCAGGGUGGCGUGAUGCCGCACUACCUCAAGAUUUACGGCACGAUGGCCCUGAUCUUGCUGAUCCUGCUCCCGCUGCCGGGCCUCCGCCUGCGCAUCCACCACUACAUCCUCGCCAUCCUGCUGAUGCCCGGCACCGCCAUCCCCACGCGCCCGUCACUGAUCUAUCAGGGUCUGCUGCUGGGCCUCUUCAUCAACGGCAUCGCCCGAUGGGGCUUCGCCUCGAUCAUCGAGACGCCCGCCGCGCUGGGCGAGCUGGCCCCGGGCGCGGGUGGGGCGCACGGCUGGUGGGGCAGCACGUACCCCAACGUCACGGACGCGUCCGUCAAUAUCACACUGCCUAACCCGGGCUCCCACGAGGCCUUCCACGGCAACGGCAACAUCACCUUCACCCUGUGGGAGACGGAACGGAUGGGCGAGUUGGGCGUCGACGGGGUGUCCGUCCUGGUCAACGACGUCGAGCGCUGGCGCGGCUACGUGGACGAGGACCCAGAGGGCGAGUUCACCUGGCACCGACACGGCCACAGCGGCCUGGAGCUGCAGCAUCAGUCUGUGAUUGAGAGUGAAUAUGAGCUGGACGAGGCCGAUCUGGAGUCUGACGAUGACGAUGACGAUGACCUAAAACCCGACGUCCUGUUCUUCCGCUUCGCCUUCUUGCGGGGCGCCGAGGCCGGCAAGUACAGCGGGGCUGGGGUGUGGCUGCAGGAAGGAGAGUGGAUAUCACCGCCGUCCCCGUAA